UCAUGCCAAUGCUCUAUGAACAUUGGUGCUGUAUUGUUGUGUGUCACAUACUGUAGCUCCCUGUUGUCAUCAGUUUAACCAUCGGUCUGGGCUGUUAAUAGCUAGAAUUCAAAUGAUCACAUCACAUUGGCUUCCAUCACAAUCUUGACUUCAUUAACACGCUAGAAUGAAUGUUUACGCUGAUGCUUUCGUACUAACGUCUGCCAGUGGAAAGCCAAACUAAAACAUAUUUGUCAGUUGUCAAACCUGUGCUCUUCUGUGUUUUUACACAUUGUUUUUGAUGCUGUUGCUGUUAUUUUACACCACAGAGUGGACUGUUAUCUUUCUCAGUAAUAAGAGGAACUGGGCUUCAUUGGAACUCUGUUACAUCACAUAUAUCUCAAAAGUGCACAUUAAGCACACUUCUGCCCACUUCUGUUUUUAUUUCUAUUUUUAAUACAGUUUGUUCUCUAGCUACUCAUUCCCUUUUUGUAUCUGUUUAGAUUUGUUUUCAUUUUGAUUUAUAGGUAUAUAACUAAUAAUAAUAUAAGGGAUUAGUUUUUCCCAUUUUUAGAAUAUUUGUUGCUAUGCCCCAUCCUUUAGCCUUUUUCUCCUAAUUCCUCCCAAGGAGUGUUAUCUUAUCUUAUCAUAUCUUGUAAUAAGGCAGGGUCGUUGCUAGUAAUAUGUCGCAUGAGGGGGGCACAGGGAUCAUGCAGAGUACUGCACAAACUAUCGUUGGAGAGUUAAGAGCAAAGAGAGGAGAUUCUUGUGGUGUCUCAACAUAACAAAAACCAAAUCCAGAGCUCAUCUGUCACAUACCUGAUGUACAUUCGCCUCUCAAACAUGACCACAGAUGUAUGCAGAUUCAAACACAUGACAAUGAACAACCUUUAGAAAUGUUUUUUUUUUUUUUGCCUGGUUCAAUAUUGCAUCCCUGUUAAUAUCAUAUCUGCUGUUUGUGUGCUUUUUGGAAAUAAUGCAAAGGUGAUAACUGGAGAAAAUAACAACAUGUCCAAUGAGUAUGAAAAGCUGCUCCUGUGGAAAGGCUAUCUUAUAUUAAUGUACUUAUAGUGACCCUAUAAACUAUUUCUCACAGGCAAGGUUUUACCCACUAUUUCAUUUUAUAGCUGUUCUUUUGCUGACAUCUGUACAGAGUUUUGAGAGAUGGUUCAGGAGGAUGUGAGUGUGUUGGCCAAGCAAAAACUUCUGACUGAGUUUUGAGAAGAGUUCCAGUUCUGGCGGCCUAGAGAUUAAGAAACUAUGAAUCACAACUUUCCCAGCUCAUGUCCCCCUGUGAACCUUUGGCAUGUAGUUCCCCAUUUCUCUCUUUCUUCUUUCUUUCCCCUCAUUUCCUGUCAUCCCUCUAUUCUCCACUGUGAUAUAAAGGCAGAAAAAGCAGAAAAAGAUAGUAGAGGUCCAAAAACUGGAUGAAAGCAGUUUGAAUUAUUUUGCUGAAACCUGCUUCUGUCUGACAGAGUGGUGCUGUGUGAGGUCCAACAGACUGAGCGGCAUUGUGGGACGUCCAGUAACUAUGAAGUGUGCCUAUCCACCACAACACAGGAAUAACAGGAAGUUCCUCUGCAAAGGAGACCACCGCGACAACUGCGCAGACAUAGUGAGGAGCCAAAGCAGGUUCACGCUGCAGGAUGACAUCUCUUUCAGCUUUUUCUUGGUGACGAUCACAGAGCUGGAAGCAGGUGAUGCUGGGACGUACUGGUGUGGUUCAGACUCACAGUGGAGUCCUGGAAACUACAUCAAGAUUCAGCUGUCAGUAGUCUUUCCACAGCAGACCAGCACUGUGAUGCCUCCCACCACUAAACCUGCCAUCUCACAAUCAACACAUGUGCCACUCAAACAUGUUCACGAUGCAGCACUGUUUUACCCUGUGGUUUUCACUGUGCCCGCUGUGCUGCUCAUAUUGACAUCUGCCCUGGUCAUAGUUUAUAAAUACAAAUGCUGCAAAGCGCAAGGAGCUAGAGCCAACAUGAACAGAAACCAAAGCAAGGCUGCAGAAGCAGAGGAAGUGACGAGUGUCGAAGAUACUUAUGAAAAUCAAGACGUUGUGAGGUCAAUGAAGCGAACCUCCAAACUGCAGCGCACCAGUGACCACUAUGAAGACGUAGGCGAAGACGAACAAGACAGUGUGUACCAAAACUUCACCACAACAGAAGAGAUCUACUGCAAUCAAAUGUACAUUUCAGCCAAAAGAUGAGCAGCAUGAAUGUCUGUGAUAACACCUUGUUUGUUCUGUCUCAGUUAACAUCUGAACAACACAUAUUCAUGUCCCUCUGAGGUCCAACUGUGGUCCAACCUUUUUAUUGUGUGGCUGACAACUACAGGAAUAUGAUUAUUUGUACAGAUUUGCUUUUACCUUUCCACUUAUAAGAAAUAGAGGCCAACCAUUUAGCUAAAAAUAACAUGUAUAUAUAACAUGUAUAUACUGUAUGUACAUUCAGUAAAAGUGAAUGAUUAAACAAAAGCCAGAAAGCCAGACUUUACAGACCAGUCUUUAUUGGAACAACUCAUUAGUAUUGUUUUUUUUGCUCUAUA